AUGUCAGGCUCAAAGCCAGCUCUGUUGCCCAGCGCUCGUUUGGCAGCUAAUCGGCCAGACGUUUGGACCUUUAUCAACCAGACAGCGGCACAAUGCAAAGUACCUCCCGUGUCUCUUAGUCAAGGUUUUUUCAAUUACAAUCCGCCUCAGUUUAUUUUGGAUGCGGCAAAACGUGCCAUUGAUGAUGUUUCUUGCAACCAGUACCAACACACUCGCGGCCGUUUGAAUCUUCGUAAACAAUUAUCAAAGACCUACUCACCUUUGUAUAACCGUGAGCUUGAUCCCGAAAGCCAAAUUCUUGUCACAACUGGCGCAAACGAAGGCUUUUUAAGCGCAUUUGCUGCUUUUCUCAACCCUGGAGAUGAGGUAAUCGUUAUGGAGCCUUUUUUUGACCAGUAUAUCAGUAACAUUACGAUGUAUGGCGGUGUUCCCGUUUAUGUCCCAAUCAUUCCUCCUGCCGCUGGCUCGGAACGGCCUGUUUCAGCUUCGGAAUGGAAGCUGGACAUGCAACGUUUGCGUGCAGCAAUAACGAGCAAAACUCGCAUGCUUGUAAUUAACACUCCCCACAAUCCACUGGGCAAAGUCUUUUCCAGAGAAGAGCUCCUGGAAAUUGCUGACGUGGUCCUUGAAAACAAUUUGGUGGUUGUCUCAGAUGAGGUGUACGAACGUUUAACUUAUGUUGAUGAGUUUCCUCGUUUGGCAACAUUGCGUCCCGAGCUCUUCAAACAUGUAAUCGCUGUCGGUUCCGCUGGCAAAACUUUUGGCGUUACAGGUUGGCGAAUUGGAUGGCUAAUUGGAGAUGCUCAUCUUAUUAAGUAUUGUUCAGCGGCACACACUCGUAUUUGUUUUGCUACGAACGGACCAAUGCAGCAGGCUAUUGCGGACUCCUUAGCCGUCGCCGAUCAGUACAAUUACUUCAGCGAGUAUGUUGACAGCUACAAAAAGCGUUUCCGUGUUUUGGCCGAUGUUUUCGACGAGCUCGGCUUGCCGUAUUCGCAGCCUGAGGGAACGUAUUACACCAUGGUUAACUUUUCCAAGGUCAAGGUUCCCGAGGACUAUCCCGUCCCUGACGCAAUCAAGGACAGACCCCGUGACUUCAAGAUUGCUCUUUGGCUCAUGAAGGAGAUUGGUAUCGCUACAAUUCCUCCGACAGAAUUCUUCACUGACGAAGACGCUCACAUUGCCGACACGUACCUGCGUUUUGCCUUCUGUAAAACGUUUGAUGAGUUGGAAGAGGGUGCCAGACGUCUCCGGAAGCUUAAAGAGUACAUGUAA